AGAGAUUCCGGUAACCAUGUGUCUCGGUAUGUCUCGUGACAUUCACACGCGAAAUCAACGUUCCUUAUGAUUCUAAAAAAUAAAAACGAGCAUUCCAGGCAUGCGCCCAGUAUAAUACCGACCUUAGCCUUGCCGCAGUCAUAUGCGGCAGUCGAAUCAUGCCUCGUCAGGCAAAAAGUGUUGUGAAAAUCGCUUAUCAGUAACGUAAUCGGUCUUUAAUGACUCGGUGACUUCGAUGGUGGUAGGUCGUAGUUGGAAGCAUUAGUCAGCAUUAGUCUGCUCGCAUCGAUCAAUCUACAUGGUACACCAGUGCUGGAUCGUGAAAAUUGAAACAUUAUUUAACAGCUGAUCACCAUGUCCAUCACGAAGAACCUAGAAUUUCUGAGCAGGAAACAGGCGCAGGAUUUCUUGAGUUCGUUUGACGUCGUCAUGUCGGACUGCGAUGGUGUCAUUUGGUACCUACAGAAGCCGAUACCGGGUGCCAUUGACACCCUGAAGAGGCUACAGGAACUAGGGAAGAGUCUGUACCUUGUGACCAACAAUGGCACCAAUAGCAUCGACAAGUAUUGUGAGACAUUAAAGUUGAACCGACUGGAAGUGAAACCGGAACAGGUAAUAACUCCAGGAAAAGUAGUCUCCUGGUACCUGAAGAAGAUUCAUUUUACAGAGGAGGCGUUUGUUAUCGCUUCGACACCAUUUCGACAAACUUUGAUCGACGCUGGUAUCAAAUUGUCUCCAGAAAAUCUCGAGGUUGACGAAGAUGACGUGUUCGCGUCUAUAAAGAGUCUAGAAGAUCGACCAUCGAUCAAAGCCGUUGUUGUUGAUUUUUCUGUAGUCUUUAAUUGGGCUAAAAUAGCGUUCGCGAUAUCUUGCUUGAAAAGGAACGAUGUUCUUUAUCUUUGCGGAGCUCAAGACGAGUGGAUCACUUAUGACAUCGAUAAAAAAAUAUUAGGCCCAGGUCCUUUAAUUGAAAUAAUUACCAAACAAAGUGGUAGAACGCCCAUCGAGUGUGCUAAACCCAGCGAAGUAUUAAAGAGCUAUCUUUUCGAUCUCUGCAAUGUGAAGGAUUCAAAGAGGUGCUUGUUCAUCGGUGAUACAAUCAAUUACGACAUGAAAUUUGGAACGAUGUGCGGAUUUCAAAAGUUGAUGGUUGGAACUGGCCUUGAUAAUAUCAAGGACGCAGAAUUGAACGAAGAAAUCCGUCCGGAUUUCUACAUUCCCAGUUUAGCAUUGUUGCAUCCCAUUAUUGAUUCACUGCAGGAUGGCAUUGUGAAUGAAAGAAAUGGUUCCUGGCAUCAGAACUCCAGUAUGUUUAAUGAAAAUAAUAAAAAUCUGAGAAGAGCGUAAGAAUUUUUAAAUAUAAGUAAAAUUGUAUAAUAUUCGUAAUAAAAGACAACAA